UUUUUAAAAACCAUUUUUGUUUUGAAAAAAUGCCACGAUAUCAUUCAAUACACGAUGAUGUUGAAGUUGCUACUAAAUGGUGGAGUGACUAUCCAACACAAAAGUAUACAGACAUGGCUAGAGCACAAAAAACAUUUAGCAAUUUAAUUGGGGAUGUUUGGUCGAAACCGAAACGACUUGUAAGAUCUGCUAGUUAUACCAACUUGACGUAUUACAAAGAGGCGCAGCAUGAUUAUCCUAUUAAAAAAAGUACUUCUGUAUCAUCAUUAGCACCAUCACUAGCUUUACCCCAAUAUUAUCGGCAAGCAGAGCGGAUUGUUCACACCGAACGUGUUUACAAACCUUUUAUGUAUGACUGGUACAACAAAGCUUAUUCCCAGCAUCGUUAUAUUGACACACAACGGGAGAUAAUGCGACCACUUAAAAGGGACCCAGCACCUCUUCGCUACAAGCCCCUAAAGUUUGAAGAAUUUACCAACCGGAGUAGCUGGAUUCCUUACUAUUCUGGACAAACUAGAAGGAUUUAUAAUGACGAGGCAAAAAAUAAUUAAUUUUAAAUUAAUAUUCCCAAAAUUGUAAAAAAUAUUUUGUAGAGAGCAGCCCCUCUCCGUUCUUACCUACAUGGUUCACAACAAUAUUUGGACCGAUAUGUUUCAAAUAGACUAAAAUCGGACGAUUUUGGACAGCGGUUUGCUUAUUCCGCUUAUGAAUGGCGGAAGCCGCAAGACCAUUCCUUCAACCGCAACUUUAUGUAUGGGGAAAGAGUGUAUGUGCCUCAUGCCCGGUCAAACCCACACUCUUAUACAAGUGCUUCUGCUUUGCGCAAAUUAUACAAGACGACUGGUCGUUUCCGUU